AUGCCUAAGACACCUGUUCAAUGUCCUUCUUGCAGCAAGAUUAUUAGCCGAAAAGAAGAUCUCCCGAGACACCUCGAAACUCACGCCCAAAACAAGGAGGAUCUUAUGCACCCUUGCACACACCCUGGCUGCAAGUUCAAGACUCUCCAAAAGUCGAACUUGCAGACCCACCAAAGGAUCCACACACAGAUCCGCUCGCAGACGUGCCCUGAGCAUGGAUGUGAGUUUUCCAGCACCGAUCCCGGCAGCUUGACGCGCCACCGCAAGAACAUCCACAACUACGAGCCCAAACCACGACGCAACCCCGCUGGUAGAGUCGCUCGACGGGCCGCUGCCGCGCCUUACCCCUCUACUCGUCUGGCCACUCCAGAGGCCUCAUUCUCCGUGGUGACGGCUCACCCGCUGAGUCAAUCAGCUCAGGGACCCCCCAAUUCUCGGCCCGAUCAGCUCCCCAUCCCCGCCUCGAUCCACUUCCAACCAUCGACUGUCCCCGUCGAUCUCUCCACUUUCCACGCGCAGUUCGACUCGUUCUCGAAUGAGAACUGCCAGGCGCCCACUCACGAUAUCGUUGAGUAUUAG